AUGGCCCGUAUAUUCAUCACCGGCUCGAGCGACGGCAUCGGCCUCGCCGCCGCCAAGCUCCUCGCAGACCAGGGCCACGCCGUCGUCCUGCACGCCCGUAACGCAGAUCGCGCCGCCUCCACCCGCGAGGCCGUUCCGAAGGCUGAGGCCGUGCUCGUCGGCGACCUUCGGUCUAUCGUCGAAACCAAGGACCUGGCCGCCACCGCCAACGCGUCCGGCCCGCCCUUCGACACAGUCAUCCACAACGCCGGCAUCGGGUACGGCGCCACGUCCAGCCGCGAGAUCACCGCCGACAAGAUCUCGGCUGUGUUUGCGGUUAACACGCUUGCACCGUAUAUUCUCACCUGCCUGAUGGCGAAGCCGCGGGCACGCCUGCUAUUCAUGAGCUCAGAUAGCCACUACGGCGGCGACGAGACACUGCGCAAUGUGACGCAGUCACAUUCGUACAGCGAUAGCAAGCUGCAUGAUGUGAUGCUGGCCAAUGCGUUUGCACGGCGGACGAAGAUGGGAGGGUCGAUGGCACCCGGAGGUAUGGACAAACCGGCCAAGGUGCUGGCAGAGUGGGCGGUUGGGCAAGGGAAACUAGUUGGUUUGAAGAGUGGUGCGUUCUGUACAACGCGAGGUGAGGAGUCGGCACAUUCGGGGGCUGGGAAUGUUCACAAGCAGAAGGAAUUGUUGCAGGUUUGCAGAGGGGUGUCUGGGGUGGAUACCCCGGAAUAG